CCUGCAGCUGGCUGAAGUCCAGUACUAUAAUGUGAAAGCACUCCACGGUCUUUCCCUAAUUCCAGCAGCACUCUGUAUGUGGACAUGCAGAAAGCAUUUGGAAGGCAAAAGAAAGCAAUCAGGAAGGAAAUUAUAUAUGCAGGUUGAACACAUCUUCAGUUGCACAGUACCCUGACUUUCCAAGAUCCUUACUGUGACUUACUCAUGCAAAACUUUAUUGAACCUCAUUAAGAAUUUUUCCUGACUGAAUUAAACACUUUGGAUUUACACUCAGAAGAGCUGAGAUCUUCAGGCUGUUGGAAGAUUUUAUCAACCUGUAUUUUGAGAGUGCCACAGAACCCUGCUUGGCUCCCAUCCGUGCCUCCUGAACUUGCAGAGUGCCCAACACAACAGCCUUAAGAAAGAAAGAGGAAGAAGAAAUUAUAAGAAAAGAGAAGAAGAGGGGAAAAUAUGUGGCAUGCACUGGUUUCAUACUGAUUAAGAGUCCUUGCUGGAGAUACCCCGGACCAGCACUUCCCUUCCUCACAUCAGGCCUGGCCCACUGAAAGUGCUGCCUGAGUGACUAUCCAAAUGGCAUCUGCCUGCCUGAGUUGGCUCCCACUGUGGUCCUCACACCAUCAACUUGGACAGCUGCAGCAGCAGGAGUGGGAAUGUCCCCCCAUUCCUAGGAUGGUUCAGGUGCCCUGAAAGUGCGUGUUUAAUGGGAGCUGCCAUGAAGGUUGUUGGAGAGACACGUGGAAAUAGCAACCAGCAUGGUGCCCUAUGAGCUGGCUCAUUAAAGACACUAAUAACGAUGUGCAGCAUUCCUCUGCCUUGAGAUCAGCACCCCAGAGUAAUCAGGAUGAUGCCAGAACUGUGCAACACCUUCCAACGCUGUCAUUAAAAGCCAAAUCUUCGCCUCAGAAAAGUCAGUGCCAAAACCCCAUUUCAGUCUUCUGCUGCCUUUUGGCCAUCUUCUGCCAGCCCAGACAUUGGGCACACACCAGGGGAUGGGGACAUUAGCCUAUGGGUGGAUGGGAGCCAGGAUUAGGCCUGGUAAGUGGCCUCCUGAUGCCCAGCAGCUCUACUCUUCUGGUUUUCUUGCUAUUUCUAGCACAGAGGCAAUAUACUCAGGACAGAAAACAGCAUGAGUGGAAAUGGAAAAGAUAAGAUUCUGUAAGAUAUCAUACAAUAAAUACAAUGCAGUAUUGUAUAAGAUAAGACUGCUACUGUUAGAAAAUCUAUUGCUUGGUCAAAUGAUAAGGAAGGACAAAAUAAGUCUUCUGGGGCUUAUAAUUCGUUGUGUGUUUUUAAGGAUUAAAGUUUUCUUUUUAGGGAGAAGUUGAGGGGAGGUUGGUUUCCUUUGUUUCAGAUCAUACUUCUAAUUAUAAAGUUCUCUUUUGUCUCUCAAUGUUGGUGGGAACUAAUCACUACUGUGGUCUGAAUAAUACAUCUGUCUCAACAUCCAGACUUUUCAGAGGGCACCUGAUUUUUAGAGGAGGCUCCCAAGUAAAGGUGUGUGCUGAAGGCACCCAGCACCCCGCAAGCACAGGGAGAGAGGUAGAGCUCAGAAAGCCCCAAGGACCCUUCCUACCAACUGUAGGGCAAAGUCUGGAGUGAAAACACAGAGCAGUUUUCUUCUGGAAGUUUCUGCCUAGGACCUCUGUCCUUCUCUGUGGUAGCACAUGACUGCAUGCCACAGCACCAGGGUUAAGAAAAUGUCUUCAGAGGACAACCAGACUGUUUUCCUCUUCCUGUAUCACAGAAUUUGUCUGUUCAUAAUUAUACCCAGGGCAGUUAGAAUCUCUUUAACUCUUUUCAGUAUAUUUAUGUGUUAUAUAAAUAGGGCUAUAGGGACAAGGCAUACCCUACAGGCUAACAAUGACCCGCUAGCUUUGCACGUACCAUCUCUUCCAUUUUUUAUUUGAAAGCAUCUCCUGAACAGUGGAGUAACAUCACAGAAUCACAGAAUUGUAGGGGUUGGAAGGGACCUCCAGAGAUCAUCGAGUCCAAACCCCUUGGAUCAUCCUUGGAGAGCCUGUCAGAAGCACCGCUGUGGCGAGUGUGUGACCUGGGCACAGCCUAGACUGACCUGGACAAAGAGGUGAGCUGGGCUUGGUGCUGCCUGGUGGCUGGAAGGAGUCUCAGCAGAAAAGCUGGGCUGGGGAGGAGUUCCCAGCUCAAACGAGGCCCUUCCCAAUGGCUGUUUCCAGGGGAAAUAGUUUCUCUGAGAGAUUGUGGCACACGUUUUGGUGAGGAUGAGGAAUUGCCGUCACUCCCCUGUGUAACGCUACAGUGCAAUGGAAAGUGCAGCAGUAACAACAGGGUGGCAAAGUCCUAGGCUGCAACAAGCGAGGAUUUGCCCAAGUGCAGCAGUUGGGGACACAGAAAGAAAGGAAAAAAGCUGCUGAGCCUUGGAAGGCCUCAGGUAGCAGGGAUCUCCAGAGAGGCACCCUUGCCUCCACUGCCAACCCUUCAGUGAUGUCUGGGAAGGGUUUGUGUGCACCUGAGCUGCCCUGGGUUGGCCCUGCCUUCCCACCAGGUGCUCAAUCACUGCCUCAAGCUGUGACUGACCAUUGCCGCACAGCCCUGCAAAACUGCUGCUGGGCCCCAGCCUUUAUCUCAGACAUGACAAAGGAAGAAGAGCACAGACUUGAUGCAGUGCAUCUUGUGCUUUAAUGACCCACGGAGCGCUGGCUGUGCCGUAUCCAGCACAUUUUUAACAAAACCCCACUGAAGGCAUGGUGGAGAGCCGGGUGCUCAGCUGGGGACAUGGAUUGUCCGGUGACAUCACAAGCAUGGUGACAUCACAAGCACUGUGCUUGGGGCUGUGGCUGCCACCAGUGAGUGCCACAGCCGUGAGCGCUGCACAGGAGUGUGGACACACUGCGUAAGCUCUCGUCCCGGCUGGCAGUGAGAGUGGUGUUGGCUUACGGGUGCUGCCCGCUCUUGCUGACGGUGUUGCUCAGCCAUUGGGCUGGUGUGUGAACUGGAAGGGAGAAGGACUGCAGCUGUUCUUGGUAAGCCAGAACUGUAGGUUUGUCAAACGUGUGAGUCGUACCAGUGCAUCCAUUGCAGCUGCAGCAAGAGGAGAAGAUGAAGGGAGUCAUUUUCAUGUCAGGAACACAAAAUGCGUGCUGCUGUGUGUAUAACUGGUGAUGAGAUGGAGGACAGUGCUUGCUGGGAGAAGUCGUGGCAGUAGUUAGACACAAGUUGGAUCUCGACUUGGCACAGUUCUUGCAACCAGCUGCUUCUGAGACACUGCCCUCCUCCAGAGUUCAUACGGCAUAAAAGAAGAAAGCUGGAAAAUGCUUAUUCCUCAUGAUUAUUCCCUUGUUGAUGCCUCCUCUAGAGUUUCUGUCCGAGAGGACAUUUUGUGGAUCCAAGCAGCACCGGACUGCAGCCGUCUCUUUGCAAGAGCGGGGAAUUCCUUUGGAGACAGCCCAACCUUGCUCUAAGAAGUUCCCCAUGGCUCUGCAAGGAGACGACUGCUACUACUAUUUCAACUCUGUCUGUCUUAAGGGAGACAGCUGUCCCUUCCGCCACUGUGAAGCGGCUCUGGGGAGUGAACGAGUCUGCCGACUGUGGAUACAGGGCUGCUGUUUCCGGAAUGACUGCAAGUUCAGACACAUGAAAAUUGAAAAGAAGCGCAGUGCGGUUCGCUGCUAUUGGGAGAAUCAGCCUGGAGGCUGUCAGAAACCCCACUGCCGUUUUCUUCAUUUGAAGGAACGCGGUGGGAAUGGACCGACCGUACCACCAAGCAACGAAGCUGACACAAGUGGCCUUCCUCUGACCAGCGGCCUUGCAGAAAGUCUGGAGAACCAGACAGAGGUUGAGAAGGCACCAGACAGAGGUGACAUCCCAACUUCCUCCCAUGGCCCGGCUGCACAAAAAUGCAAGCAAUCUGAGGAGGAGGAGGACAAAGCAGAGGAACUGCAAGGCGCAACAGCUGAGCUGCACAGAGGUGGGGAAAGAACUCUUCUCUGAGGAUGAGGACCUCGAGAAGUUACUGAUGGAAGUCACAGAAGAAGAACUGGAAGCAGAAAUUGAUGACGACGCUGUGGAUACAGGUGAGCUCCUAAUGGAGCUCUGAGACCAACAACAUUUCAACAUCAUAGUCUGAUUGAAUAUUUUAAAACAACAACAACAACCAUCAAUUAAAA